UGAAGAAAAGAGAAAGAGAACCAGUUGGGCCGCGCCGCUGAUCUCAAAACGGAGAAGGCAAUCGACGGCGAGCUGAAGAAAUUUCAACUUCGACCCAUGUAAUCGUAAGGCAGCUCGCUUAAAUUCCCUUCUCAGGCUUGUCCUAUCUUUUCAAAUUACUGCUUGUUACCUUGUUUCACUAUGUCUAGGGUUUCCAAGCCCAUGAAUUUUUCGUUGUCUACGGGGUUCUUGAAUCGAAAGUAAAUUUCGUCGGAAAAGAUUUGCUUCUGAAUUUGAUUUUCCGAGAGGGCCGUUUCGAACUUUUAAGCUUAAUACAGCUGUGAAAUAGCAGCGGAUUUGGUGUUGCCGGAGGUAGGGGUUUUAGAGGAUUUAUUUCUUGAUCGAUGGAAUUAUCUGAAUAUUAAAGUAUUGGGUGUAGAUUAUAUAUCGAGAUGUCGGUGAAUAACAAUAACCCGGUGAAGAAUAUUGGUGGUUUAGGGGCAAUGCCGCAAUCCAUGAACCACCAGGGGCAUUUACUCGCACAAGCACAAUCUCAAACGCGUGGUGGGUCUCACUUUCCUGGGCAUUUUCAGGUACCGGAACCACACGCUCAAGCAAUGGUUCAGGCACAGCAUGCCCAGGCGCAGGCCCAAGCAGCUCACGCACAAUUCCGAGCUCAGUUGCAAGCUCAAUCCCAGUCUUUUGCUCACUUGCAAAAUUCUGGGACCAAUAAUGUUGGUGUUUCUUCACCCUCUAUUUCAACGCCUGGUGUCGUUAGUGUCAAGCGGGCACCUCAGAAGCCACCUUCUAGGCCUCCUGGUACUGCCGGUACUAGCGGUGUUUCGCCUUUGAAAACUAUGGAAUUAACCCCUGCUGCUCAAAGGAAGAAAAGGAAGCUUCCUGAGAAGCAAAUUCCAGAUAAAGUAGCUGCGAUUUUGCCAGAAUCGGCACUUUACACCCAGCUGCUUGAAUUUGAGGCUCGGGUUGAUGCUGCUCUUGCAAGAAAGAAGACUGAUAUUCAGGAGUCUCUUAAGAAUCCCCCCCGCGUUCAAAAAACCCUUCGGAUUUAUGUUUUUAACACUUUUGCUAAUCAGACACAAACAGCCUCGGACAAUAAGAACGCUGAGCCCCCAUCUUGGUCCCUUAAGAUAAUGGGCAGGAUCAUGGAGGAUGACACAGAUCGUGAUGCUGCUGGAAUGGUGCAGAAAUCAAACUCUUCCUGUCCAAAAUUCUCAUCUUUCUUCAAAAAGAUUACCAUUUAUUUGGAUCAAACUCUGUAUCCGGAUAACCAUGUCAUUUUGUGGGAAAGUGCUCGAUCACCUGUUCUACAGGAGGGCUUUGAGAUAAAAAGAACAGGGGACAAGGAAUUCACUGCAAUUAUAAGACUUGAAAUGAAUUAUAUUCCUGAGAAAUUUAAAUUAUCACCAGCUUUAAGGGAAGUUCUUGGAGUUGAGGUAGAAACCCGGCCAAGGAUUAUAGCUGCACUUUGGCAUUAUGUGAAGACUAGGAAGUUACAGGUUCCAAGCGAUCCAUCAUUCUUCAUGUGUGAUCCACCUCUUCGGAAAGUAUUUGGGGAAGAGAAAAUGAAAUUUGCCAUGGUUUCGCAGAAGAUCUCACAACAUUUAGCUCCACCACAGCCAAUUCAUUUGGAGCAUAAGGUCAAGCUUUCCGGGCCUAGUCCAAUUGGGAAUACUUGCUAUGAUGUCCUGGUUGAUGUUCCAGUCUCAUUAGGGAAGGAAAUGUCUGCUUUCUUGGCUAAUUUAGAGAAGCACAAGGAGAUAGAUGCUUGUGAUGAAGCUAUUUCUGCUGCUAUAAAGAAGAUCCAUGAGCAUCGUCGUAGAUGGGCUUUCUUUCUUGGUUUCAGUCGGUCUCCUGCACAAUUUAUCAAUGCUCUGAUUUCUUCUCAGAAUAGGGAUUUGAAACUGGCUGUUGGGGAUGCAAAUCGAAAUGCUGAGAAAGAACAUUGGUCUGACUUCUAUAAUCAACCUUGGGCUGAAGACGCUGUUAUCCGGUACCUGAAUCGCAAGACUUCAGUUGGAAGUGAUGCGCCUGGGAGCACAUAGUAUAAUCUCAACUUCCAUUGGGGUAGUAUGCUGAUCAUUAUUUCUAUGUUUUAUCACAAGAAAGAACAUGUCUGUGACUUGCUAUGCCAAAUUUGGCCUCAUAUAGAUUGUAUUUUACUAUCAAUUAGGAAUUGGAUAUUGUAGACAGGGAAACAAUGAGCUUUGAAGUGAUGUUGAAUUGGUUCAACAUCAUUGUUGGUUGCUCAUCCUCUUUAUCAGGAAAGGAUGUAGUUGUAAUCUUUGUAAUCUUCAGAACUGGAUAACAAGUGUAGUGCCUCUCCAGUUCAUCAAGCCUAUAUAGGCUCUGAUCUUAUCUUCCUUGCAGUAACUUCAGUUUGAAGUACUUUAGUUUAGAGAUAUGUUUCUGAUUAUGGCCAUCAGUUUGCAGCAGAAAGGACUAAGCUAGUAAGCACGUUAUUCA